UGUAUGUGUGUGUUUGUGUUUGCUCCUCUGUCUUUGUGCUAGGCUACAGCUGGAGUUGGAGAGACACGGAGACGCUCCUCGGGACAGGAGGACAGAUGGUGUUCAUAGUGAAAGUGAAAGCAGCAGCAGAGGUGGUGCUGAGAUGCUCUGACUGUCAUGACUGCUGUCAUCUGGAUGCUGGCAUGGCUGCCUCAGGUCCUGCCAGCUAUGAGCAAACUCCCCCAGCCUGUCAACGUGACCCUGAGCUCGAGCCAUUUCAUCCACCUUCUGAAAUGGGAGCGUGGACCAGGGACACCUGCAGGAGUCCACUACAAUGUGACAGUUCAAACAGACGCGGGCACUGACUUGGUGCCGGUGGCUGGCUGCGAGCAUGUCCAGCACCCGCUGGUUUGCAACCUGACAGAGGCCUUCUCCGUGCGGGACGAGAUGUACUUCACCCGAAUUAAAGCCCUCCUGGAGGCAGAGGAAUCACAAGAGGUCAUCCUGCGAGACUUUAAGCCCAACAGAAACACUGAGCUGGAGCUGCCGCGGCUGACGGUGACGGCCUGUGGGAAAAAUCUGUGUGUGGACCUUCAGCCUCCCAUGGAGCACCUGAGGGAGCACUAUGACUCUCUGAAUUACAAACUCAGGAUCAGCAGUGCAGACAGAGCCCAGUUCUUUAAGGACACCAAGUCUCUGAAAAGGAAGAUUUUUAGUGAUCUGGCAUCUGGCAGAGAGUACUGUGUCUCAGUCUGCUUCUCAGAUACUGAGGUGCCCAGACACUCCAACUACAGCAAACCCGUCUGUCACUUCACUGCUGGACGCUAUUCUGCAGACUGGUUCAUCUCAGCCCUGUUGUGUCUGUUGGUGAUAUGUGGUGUGGUCGUCAUGGCCCUGCUGGUCUCUGCUGGUUACAUCUGUCUGAGAAGGAGGCCCCUGCCGUCUGUCCUGUCAUCCAUCCAUCACAUGGAGGAGGGGCUGGUCGUGGCGUCCCGCUGCACGUCCAGGUCCUCCCUCCUGAACAUCAAAGCAAUGCUGCCCUCUGCUGCUCACAAGAGGAGCAGCCGCACAUCAGAUGACAGUGAUGAGGAGAGUGUGACAGAGCUGACGGGUGGGAGCGCAGGAGGACGAGGAGGAGGCUACAAACUGCGUCCGGGAACUAACCUCUCCUCCUCCUCCUGCUCCUCAUCUUCAUCAUCUCUGUCAGCUUGCCCACAGUCUGGAUCCCCGCCAAAGCAAACAUCAGGCGUCUUCAGUCUCCCGCCUGAAGCUUCAGCAGAUUGUGACAGUGGAGUGAAGGAGCGGCUGAGCUUGCACACAGACUCACACUCUGAAAACCUCCCCAAAACUGACCCGGACUCACAUCCUGGUCCUGCACACACACACUGUUUGACUCUAGGGAGAGCCCUGCCGGAGGAGGAGGAGAAGGAGGUAAUGGUAGAGGAGGACAGCCAGGAUGUGAACCUCCUCACAUUAACCUUUGGCAGGCAAGAGGAGGAGGAGGAGGAGGAGGAGACGAAGCCAGAGCCUUCCUCUGCUUCAGAGGUGUAUGACACCACCUCGACCCCGCCCUCAUUAACCAGAGACACCAAGGAAGUUACCAUGGAAACUGUUUCCUGCUCUGUCAAUGCAAAGGAGGAGAGGGAAGAGGAGGAGAAGGAAUGCUCUGGAUAUAUGGUGCGUCCAUGUCAAGAUGUCUUACAGAACUUUUUACCCCGGCUCCCUCCCAUCCCUCUCUAUAUGUUGUGUGCUCUUACCCUAAAAGCAGCCUUAUCUGGAGUGAGAGUUUUUACUGCGAGCCAUAACACAGUCUAUGGAUGGACGAUGGGCUGGUGGAUGCUUCUUCUUCUGCAUUUACACCUUGGUAAUGCUCCCUGGAUUGAAGUGGUGUGUGUUUCCCUCCCCGCUCCCUCCAACAUCUCCAUCUCCUCGUUCAACAUGGAGCACACACUCAGCUUCCUGCCCGGCCUCCAGACCCCCUCUGACACCCUCUUCACUGUUCAGAUUCUCUGCCCCAGGAAGAAGAAGAACCCAUGGAAGACAGUUGCUGCUUGUUCCAAGCUGACGGCCAGACAGACGUGUAACCUAACGCGAGCGUUCAAGGACCCCUUCGAUCACUACCAGGCCCGUGUCCAGGCCUUCACACCCACCCAGACCUCCAGCUGGACCGUGUCCGGGUGGUUCCAGCCUCUGUCAGACACUGUGCUGGGACCUCCUGACGUGUCUGUGUCAGGCUGUGGGAACUGUUUGCUCCUGCAGUUCAGAGCUCCUCCAACAGCAGGGCUCCAGCAGGUGAGGGAUUUAUACAGAGGACUCAUCAUCGAUGUGCAAAGGACCCGGGACAGAGCACAGUUCAAACUGAGCUUGCCGUACAAAGAAGAGCACAUGAUCACAUACCUGCAGCCAGGUGUGGAGUACUGUGUCAACGUCUCUGUGACGUCAUUCUUCAGCAGCAGCCAUGUCUCCAGUAAACCUCACUGUGCCUUCACCAGCCCACCUAUGCCCAGGAGCUCAUUGUACAUGGUCUUCAUCCUGCUGGCUGCGUUCUGUACUCUGGGAUUUCUCCUCAUAGGACUGGUCAUCUACAGCGGUAGACGGUUGCUGAGACAACGCCUAACCAGACCUCUGGUAACAGAUCCGACUUCAUACAUCGUCCUCCAGUGCCAGAGCCGGGGAGAUGAACCAAUUGAGCUCUCAGCUCAGAUCUCAGCCGCGCAGCGACAUAAGGAAGGCUCUGCUGUCUGCCUGCUGCCUGCCCACAGGCCCGUUCACUCACUGAGUGGGGAGAGAACCACUGUGGACUGUGAGUGAAAUCCAAAAUGGGAAGUGGAGUGAAGUGCUGCAGAGACCUCAGGAGUUGGUUCAGGUGGAGCUGAAUUUGCUAACUGAGGUAGAGGGAGAGGUUGUGGGUAACACUGUUUUUCUUGUAAAUUUUUACUUUCCUGUUUUAAUUUCCUUUCUGACUAUCAACAGUUUGAGAUGAAUUAAUUUUCGGUCUGUUAUUGAACUUUUAUAUCCAAGAAUCACAUGAGGAGGAGCAGAAGUAAACUUAAUGAUGCAUGAAACUCGACCUGAGCCACCACAUCAACAUAGGAAAAAGCAUCAGUCUUCAGCAAAGCUCACGCAUUGGUUUGAGUAUUAUUACUGUUUAGAAAAUGUGUAUUAUUACUGUGAAGCAUCUUUACUUAAUGUGAUUCUUCCCAUGGUUACUGUGUCUUACUGAAAAGCUGUUGAUUCAUGAAAUGUGUUUUAUUGAUCAUGUCCUGCUCAUAGUGCUGAUGCCACCUUUAGGGAGAUGAAUGCAAGAUAUCAUAAACAUCUGAUGAAUACAGAAUGGUGUACUGGAAAAGAGGGGUUUUUUUUAAAGCUUCCUGUCUGUAUUUAAUGGGAAAGCACUAGAAUAAAAGGGAGAGAGAGAGGGGGGAUAACAUGGAGCAAAGGGUGGGAGUCAAACCCACGGCUGCUGCAGCAUUAAAGAUAACUGUGGUUUGCGUGUCCGUGUGUGUACCUCCUGACUAAUAAAAGCUUCUCCGCA